CUUGCGACUCGUUCCACCAUUUCUUCUUUCCUUAACCUUUCUACACAUCCUAUAUGAAUACCUCACCACAGAGAAUCGUCUUACCACCUAUCAGUACGCUGUUCAACGAUGUUGAUCGACAGGAUAGUCGACCUCCAAAAUUAACCAUUCAAACCUCACCUUCCAUCAUUGUCACUGACCAAGCCAGGCAUUCGGCCUUUCAGCCCCCUAGCCCCCAAUCACCGGUACCAGCUUCUGAUGCGAUUUAUAAAUCUCAAAGCCUUGCACCACCUUAUCCACCUAUGCUGAGCCCAGUUUCCACUCCCGUCUCACCACAGCUAUCUCAAUUCGAAUCCAGCCCAUACCUUUCACCCUUACCUCCUCCUGCCACUCAACGCCUAUCACCCGAUUUCGCUUCCAGUGAUACGCUUCAGAUUCCUCAUUUGCCUUCUCAUAGUCGAUCGUACCCUAACUCACCCGUCGACCGGAUUCCAAUGUCAGACCCGUUUAAGCGACGGGCUUCUGACCAGACCAACAACACCUCAGCCAAUCUGCAGUAUAUGAAGGCUUCGGCUCCCCCUCGACGAAGACGGGGUAGACCUCCAAAUGCAACCGAGCAAAACACUGAGGGACCUUGGACUUUCUUGACCCCCACAGUAUGGGAUGUGGGUGCCGUCGAUGAAAAACGUGAUCAAGAUUACUACACCGUGGAACACAAAGCCGACGACCACACAGUGGGUAUCCUGUGUGACAUGUCGAUGGACAGCCUUCUAUCCACACCAAAGCGAAAGCGGGGACGUAAGCCAAAGCAUGUACUGGAAGGCAAUGGCUGCUUUGUCUGGAAGGAGAUCAAGUCCAAGCGACGAUCGCGCAAACAAUUACAAUAGAGAAAGUCUAUUCCCAAAAUAUGCCCUUGUGGAACCUCAUUACCCACGAAUAUCUUUAUUUCCUUCUCUUCCAAGUGUAUCAUACUUCUCACUUUCACCCUUGUAAAUAAUUUUUUUGUCUUUUUCGCCUUUGUCAUUAUGCAAACCACCCCCCAAUUAAAAACAAUGCUUUAAAACAUCUCCUAAAU